CCAAAUCUAGACGACGAGAUACGGCUUUACGCUUUACAGAUCGAUCCGAGCUCACUAUAUAGAACAUGGAACCAUCAGAUAUGAUUCGGAGACCAUCCGGCGCUCCCGCGAUCUAUCAGCAACAGUUCCCCGUGAUCCCGCCGUCUCCUUUCGCUCUCACCGAUGACCUGUUCACGGGUUUGAACUUGAAGCCGCUCUUCGAUGAGUACAUCGGUGAACCUGAGGAACAUCAGCCAGAGAAACAGCAAAACAUCAAAGAGGAUGAGAAGCGAGGGAGUGCCGACCCAGAUGCGAGUGCGGGACCGUCGACGCCGACGUCGGCUCCCGUCAAGCGGGAAUGGAAGAAGCCGCCGAAAAACUAUGACCAUCUGUUGGGCGGUCUGCCGGACCCUUACCCGCUCGGCACUCAGCAAGUCACACAGCUCUUGCCUUUUCUCGGUGUCGUUGUCCUGGAAGACAAGCUCCCUCCCGUGAUACCUGAUCCUCCGGGCUUCGUCAGACAAGACCUUGGUAGUAAAGACUUUCGGUUCGCACCGAUUCUGGAUCCGAAGUCGAUAACCGAUGUUGGGGUGGUGACGCUCAGAGAGGGGAAAGCUAGGGGUGUCAAGGAUGUUGUAAGUUUAUUCUGUUUCGAGACUGGAUAUCGAUGCACUGGAUACGACCUGUUCAUGAUUAUUGGCUAUGUGUAUAGUACACGAAUGGACAAAAGAAUCCCAGACGUAUCAAGGGCGGCCCUCCACCAGGCCCUGAUCAACUCAGUAAAAGUCGCAAGAAGAGAGAUGCUCAAAAGGCUCGCAGCGAAUAUCACGCCCGUAAUCGAGCUACAGCGCCUGGUCAGCUUGAACAUUCCACCACGUCGAACUACGACCUCACCGUCGGUUCUCCUCGUUCACCCCGCACACCUGGGACACCGGGAACACCCGUACCUCGACCGAGAACGCCGGGGUAUGCUAGUCCGGGCUACCGACCUGGACCCGGAUCUAGGGUCGGUACGCCGGGAUAUGCCAAUAGCCCGAGGCCUUAAAGGUCAGAGUUGCAGGCGAGCAGAAAUGGCGGUCUCGGGAAUUUCCCUAUUCAUGAAACCUGAAAGACAGCAGGCGAUGCGGACAAACCCGUUGCGGGUUCCCAAAUUGUCAUCUGGUACCAUGAUUGGAUCUUGCACCAUCACGUAUCGCGGAAAUCCCCAGGCCCAAGCUCUAGGGCGGGCAAUCACAACAAUUUGCAUUGACGGCACGCCCCCUAUCAAUCAACAUAACGACAUUCCAUAACGAUCAUCAACGCGCCAAAUAAUGCCUAUCCCGAAUUUGUACCCAAAGAAAGAUUAAUUGGAUAACUGGUCUACCGUCGCCAUCGCCGAGAUGAAGGCAUUCGUGCGGCCCCGGCGAAACAUACUCAAGAUGUUCUCUUUCGAUGUAACAGUCUCGCCCGGAUGCGACCAUGACGAUUAAACCGAUACGAUUCCGUAAAGAUCGUAUCAAGAGUAGUCUGCGACAUUUGGUGUCAUCGUUGUAGCUGGUCCAGGUCUGACCAAAGGCCCAUUUGUGGUGAAUAGAUUCGAGGU